AUGGACCUGCAGGCCUGGGCCCGAGGAGCUGGCUUCCAGAGGAAUUCAUCGCCUGCUGCGUCAGCUACGCCGUGUCCCUGACCAUGCCAGGGCACUAGUACACAGCAGAGACACUGGGCUAUGAGAAGCAUAGCUUUGUCCCGCCAGAGGAAGAUUCUGGGGACUGCAGAUUGCAGGUUUUUGCACCUUGGAGGCCCCUUGGAAUGUUAAGAGCUCAGGACCUGGCAAAAAGUUGCAUGUCGUUGGCUUACAGAGUCCAGGCAGGAGAAACUCUCACCUUAUGAGCGGUGACAACCUGGUGAAGGCCACUAUGCUGUGGGAAGCCUGCCCUCAGAAGAUGGGCAGGGAGAAACGUGGGCCAACUGUGAACCCCGCCAGGCGAGCUCGCUGGGACCCAUUUGCCCACACGUUGCAGUGAGAUCGAGCCUUCCCAGAGAGCAGCCCUGCAGCCCGAACGGUUGGUGGGCGUUUUUCCCCCGUGAAGCACCGUAGGUACCAAAGAGGGAAGAUGAUCUACAAGUGCCCGCUGUGUCGGGAGUUCUUCUCCGAGAGAGCCGAUCUCUUCAUGCACCAGAAGAGCCACACCGCUGAGAAGCCCCACAAGUGCGACAAGUGCGACAAGGGCUUUUUCCACGUCUCUGAGCUCCACGUGCACUGGCGGGACCACACGGGGGAGAAGGUGUACAAGUGCGAGGACUGUGGCAAGGACUUCAGCACCACCACGAAGCUCAACAGGCACAAGAAAAUCCACACGGUGGAAAAGCCCUACAAGUGCUACGAGUGCGGUAAGGCCUUCAACUGGAGCUCGCACCUGCAGAUCCACAUGCGCGUGCACACAGGGGAGAAGCCCUACGUGUGCGGUGAGUGUGGCCGGGGUUUCAGCAACAGCUCCAACCUCUGCAUGCACCAGCGUGUGCACACGGGCGAGAAGCCCUUCAAGUGCGAGGAGUGCGGCAAGGCCUUCCGGCACACGUCCAGCCUCUGCAUGCACCAGCGUGUGCACACCGGGGAGAAACCCUACAAGUGUUACGAGUGCGGCAAGGCCUUCAGCCAGAGCUCGAGCCUGUGCAUCCACCAGCGGGUGCACACCGGGGAGAAACCCUAUAGGUGCUGCGGGUGUGGCAAGGCCUUCAGCCAGAGCUCCAGCCUCUGCAUCCACCAGCGUGUGCACACUGGGGAGAAACCUUUCAAAUGUGACGAGUGCGGGAAAGCCUUCAGCCAGAGCACCAGCCUCUGUAUCCACCAGCGGGUGCACACCAAGGAGAGGAACCACCUCAAAAUAUCAGUUCUCUAAGGCGCUCCGGUUGCGAGUUCAAAAUAAAAAUCCUAAACCCACAAGUGCCACUAGGACGGAGACCUGUAGGUGACUCCAUCGCCCCAAGACAGGCUCACGGCGCCCCCGCGGGACGUGCUUUCUGAAGAGGCCGAUGAGAGCUGGAUGGAUGGGGAUCCUGCAGUCAAGUAUGUGCUACCACGUGACUGACUCUGCGGUCGCUUUUCUUCUCCCCAACAGGCUGGAUGGGCCUGGG